UGGAAGCUAACGUUACUCUGUACUGAAGAUUUGUUUAAAUGAAGAUCUAUUUUCUUGACUUGAAGUUGUAGAAGAGACAGAUCAGCAAUCCCCCGCCGGAUUUUUAUAAUCGUCAUUCAGUCACACAACAGCAUCACAAAUAGACAACAGAAGCCAUUAACAAAAUAAUGGAAAUUAAUGUUGUUAACACUUUCCAUCAGUGUGUUGUAUGUGAUGAGAUUUUUCAACAAUGUAAUGAUUUAGAAAAGCACACUAAAAUACAUGAUGUAGAUGGAUAUUGUCAUGUUAAACAAGCAAAAACUGAUGUUAUAGUUGGAUAUUGGCAUGAUAAAGAAGAGAAAACUGAUGAUGUAAAUGGAUAUUGUCAUGUUAAAGAAGAGAAAACUGAUGUUGUAGAUGAAUAUUGUCAUGGUAAAGAAGAGAAAACUGCUGAUGUUGUAGAUGAAAAUUGUCAUGGUAAAGAAGCAAAAACUGAUGAUAUAGAUGAAUAUUGUCAUGGUAAAGAAGAGAAAACUGAUGAUGUAGAUGAAUGUUGUCAUGGUAAAGAAGCGAAAAAUGAUGAUAUAGAUGAAUAUUGUCAUGGUAAAGAAGCGAAAACUGAUGAUAUUGGAACCAUUUAUCAGUGUAAUUUGUGUGAUGAAGAAUUUAAAUUAGAAACUGAUUUAGAAAAACACUGUGGAAUACAUGUUAGUCAGAAAGGGCAAAUUGGUGAUGUUUGUGGUAAAUCUUUUAGUCAGAAUGUUAGUCUACAGAGACGCUCAAAAACUUGUACACGAGAAAAAACGUAUAAAUGUGAUGUUUGUUGUAAAUUAUUCGCAGUAAAAGGUCGGCUGAAGGAACACUUCAGAAUUCACAGUGGAGAAAAACCACAUAGAUGUGAUGUUUGUUUUAAAUCAUUUGGUAAAAGUGAAUAUCUAAAGAAGCACACGAGAAUUCAUUCUGGAAAAAAACCUUAUAAAUGUGAUGUUUGUAGUAAAUCAUUUGUUUACAGUGAAUAUCUAAAGAGCCACAGGAUAAUUCAUACCGGUGAAAAACUUUAUAAAUGUGAUGUUUGUAGUAAAUCAUUUAGUCAUAGUAGUACUCUACAUUCACACAUGAGAAUUCAUACAGGAAAAACACCUUAUAAAUGUGAUGUUUGUGAUAGAUCAUUCACCUAUAGAUGCAAUGUACAGGAACACAUGAGAAUUCAUACAGGUGAAAGAAAAUUUAAAUGUGAUAUUUGUAGUAAAUUAUUCACCACUAGUGGUAAUCUACAGAGACACAUGAGAAUUCAUACAGGUGAAAAACCUUAUAGAUGUGAUGUUUGUAGUAAAUCAUUUACACAGCGUAGCAAACUACAGUCACACAUAAGAAAUCAUGCUGGUGAAGUUUGUCAUGGAUCAUUAACUGUCAGCAGUGCCCUACAGCCACACAUGAGAACUCAUACCAGGGACAAACCUUAUAAAUGUGAUGUUUGUGGUAAAUCAUUUCUACAUAAAUAUAGUCUUCAAACACACGUAAAAAAUCAUACUGGUGACAAACCAUAUCAUUGUGACAUUUGUGGUAAAACAUUUACUAUUAUUAGUGCUCUACAGGCACACAGGAGAUGUCAUACCGGUGAAAAACCUUAUAAUUGUGAUGUUUGUAGUAAAUCAUUCAGCUAUAGUAGUACCCUACGGGCCCAUAAAAGAAUUCAUACUGGUGAAAAGCCAUAUAAAUGUGAUGUUUGUGAUAAAUCAUUCACCCAGAGAAGUGGCCAAAAGAAACACAUGAGACUUCAUACUGGUUUAAAACCAUAUAAAUGUGAUGUUUGUAGUAAAUCAUUCACCACUAGUAGUAAUCUACGGCAACACAAGAGAUCGCAUGCUGGCGAAAAACUCUAUAAAUGUGAUGUUUGUAGUAAAUCAUUCGCUUCAAGUAGUUAUUUACACAUACACAAAAGAAUUCAUAAACAAGAGAAACCAAAUCAAUGUGAUGUUUGUGGUAAAUCAUUUACACAGGCUGGAACUCUACAGAAACACAUGAGAAUUCAUACUGGCAAAAAACCUUAUAAAUGUGAUGUUUGUAGUAAAUCAUUUACUCAUAGUAGUACUCUACAUUCACACAUGAGAAUUCAUACAGGAAAAACACCUUAUAAAUGUGAUGUUUGUAGUAAAACAUUCACACAGGUUGGAACUCUACAGAGACACAUGAAAACUCAUAAUAUCAACUGAACUGCAGAUUGAAAGUUUAUUGUAAGAACCUAAUUUCAACGACACAAAGUUAGACAUCCGAAGGCUAUACACGCACAGUACAGAAAGUUGGUACACGCUUCAGUGACUUAUCUUGAAGUGAUUUCUCGCAUAGACGCACUAUGAUAACACUUAGCGCAAGCGUCUGUGAUACUAUAAAUAGCCAUCGCACAUGAAAUUCUCUAUACAUCUAUUAACUGUUACAGCCGUAAAAAUCUAUU